AUGCCGAUAUUAAAAAAUACAGAGACUGUCCCAGAUAUUCCAAUCAUUGAUUUUGAGCCAUUUCUAACUGGAAAUGCUCAGACGAAAACAGAAGUUGGUAAAAAGAUGGUCCAAGUUAUGAAAGAUGUUGGGUUUAUGUAUCUUAUAAAUCACGGAAUAUCCUCAAUUAUGAUGGAAGAAGCAUUUGAAUUUAGCAAAAUGUUCUUUGCUUUAUCAGAUGAUGAGAAAGCAAAAUGUGCUCAUCCUGCAAAUGGAGCACAUCACAGGGGUUGGUCUGCACUUGGGAAAGAAAAAGUUGUUCAAAUGGUUUUUGGUGAAGAUGAAAUCUCUGAAUUGAGAAAAAGGCCCGAUGUGAAAGAGUCUUUCGAUUGUGGAAACGAAAAUUCGAUGUACUGCAAUUUUUGGCCCGAAGAAGACGCAAUCCAUGGAUUCAAAGGUGCUUGCAUAGGAUACUUCAAGGCUUUCGAUGAUACAUCAAAGUUAAUACUCCGUGCUAUAGCUAUAGGAAUGGGUCUUGACGAGGAAUUUUUUCUUCCAUACCACUCCGAUUCUGAUAAUCAGUUGAGAUUAUUACACUAUCCACCAACCAAGCAGGAGGAUUUGCAAAAUGGAAAGGCUGAAAGAAUUGCAGCACACACUGAUUUUGGAACCUUAACAAUGCUUCUUCAGGACGAGUGUGGAGGUUUAGAAGUUGAAAAUCCUCACUCCCCCGGGUCAUUUAUAUCUGCACCUUUCAUAAAAGAUUCACUUAUCGUAAAUAUCGGAGACUUCUUAAUGAGGUGGUCUAAUGAUCAAUUAAAAUCAACUUUGCAUAGGGUAAGGUCCCCUCCAAAGGAUUCUGAAACAGGAAUUUCCAAAGUCAGAUACUCGAUUCCUUUCUUCGUCUCCUGUAACAAAGAUGUAAUUAUUGACUGUCUUCCAGGCACUUUCUCAGAGAGUGAACCCAAGAGAUAUAAGCCAAUAAAUUCUUUAGAUUAUCUAAGCAUGAGACUCAAUGCUACGUAUUAA